CGGCAGCGGGCGCUCGGCUCGGCGCCCCCCGAAGCCGCCCGCGCUGAAGCUGUCAGCGGCCGCCGAGGUCCUCCCCCCGCUCCCCCUCCAGCGGGGUUUCUCCAGAGGCUGCUCGGCCCUGCCGUAAAUAACAGCGGCUCCGACGCCGAGGCUCCGGCAAAGGCGCAGCUCGCUCCCGAGCAACUCCCGGGAGCCCCGCGGGGAGCCUGUCCCCAUGGCGAUGCUCCUGAGACUCGGCUGCUCGCUGCUGGCCCUCAGCACCUGCCUGCUCCCGAGGGCGCGGGCGGACUGCGGCCGCGACUGCACCGCCUGCGCCUACCGCCUGGGACCCCGCGCCGGCAUCCACCCCCUGGCAUGUACACUAGAAUGUGAAGGAAAGCUGCCUUCUGCCAAAGCCUGGGAGACCUGCAAGGAGCUCCUGCAACUGGCAAAGCUGGAUCUUUCUGAGGAUGGCAACAUUUCUCCAGGAGAGAAGAAGGAGCUGGAUGAGAACCAUUUGCUUGCGAAGAAGUAUGGAGGCUUCAUGAAAAGAUACGGGGGGUUCAUGAAGAAAAUGGACGAGCUCUACCAGGUAGAACCGGAGGAUGAAGCUAAUGGAGGAGAAAUCCUGGCUAAGAGGUAUGGAGGGUUUAUGAAGAAAGACUCAGAUGACGAUGCCCUUGCUAAUUCCUCUGAUCUGCUGAAGGAGCUCCUAGGAACAGGGGAUAACCCUGAAGCAGGGCAUUACCGAGAGAUAAAUGAAAAUGACGGGGACGUCAGCAAAAGAUAUGGAGGCUUCAUGAGAAGCAUAAAGCGCAGCCCCGAAUUGGAAGGUGAAGCCAAAGAGCUGCAAAAGAGAUACGGUGGUUUCAUGAGACGAGUGGGCAGACCAGAAUGGUGGCUGGAUUACCAGAAACGAUACGGUGGGUUUCUUAAGCGCUUUGCCGACUCCAUUCUCCCUUCAGAAGAAGAUGGGGAAACUUAUUCCAAAGAGGUCCCAGAGAUGGAAAAGAGAUAUGGUGGAUUUAUGAGAUUUUAACACCUUUCCCUUUAUCCCUUUUGUCCUAAAUGAGAAAGACUGCCUUAUUGGUCAUAACUUAUUGUAACGUGUUGCUUGUACUGUACAGUUUUUUACUGUCCUUGGUUAAUGAUGCUACCUGCGAUUUGUUGUUUCAGGUUCUGUGUUCUUUCAAGUCAAAUGACUAAUUUCUGUUUUAGUCAAGUUUCAGUCUGUAUUGUAGUUUCCAUGCUAGAACUAUUUUGAUUACUGUAUUCAUUUUCUUCAAAGAGGAAGUACAUCUACAGUAGAGUUGCUUAACUGUAUAUACAAUAAAUUCUUCAUCCUAACUGCA